CACCGCCCAUGCCGUCUAUAGACGUCCACCCCAACCGCAUCGUCGAGGGCGGCAACGUCACCCUCAGCUGUCGCGUGCCCGACGGAAGCAGCGGAAGCGGCGACGACGUGACCGUGAGCUGGUUCCGAGACGGCUGCCCCUUGGGGGAGGACACGAGGGGCAACCGUUCGCUGGCGAUGAACUCCGUCGACAAUGGGGCCGUGGGUCACUACGGCUGCGUCGUGAGCAACGCGUGCGGACGCAGCCCCAGCGCAGAAGUCAGAGUCGACGUUCACUAUGCCAAUAACAAACUACCACUUGAAGGAAACGAAUGGACGACUUACCACCGCACUUGUACGAUCUUAGCUGUGAUCAUCUCCGUCGCCAUCAUCAGCGCCGCCGCCGCCGUCGCCGUCGUCGUCGCCAGAGCUCGGCGCAUCGGAAACUUCGGAACAUAACCCGGAGCCGCCCCGUGGCCAGUCCGGGGCCUGGAAUCCAACCCAUAGGUGGAUUUGAAGAUUGACAAACGACGGCAGUGUUGAACGAUCACCUCUGGGUUGUUUUAAGUUGAAAUCCGAGUUUCGAGUUGUAGCGCGUUGAUGGUUUUGGGUCGUUCAGAAUAUUCGGACGACGACGUCUGCUCCUGUACAUCUGGAGUCUGUGUGUCUCUCGCUCGUUCUCUCUCUCCCAAUGGUGGUUUCUAGGUCCUCCAUUUUUUUUACCUCCGUGUGUAGAAUUAACAUCACCACGCUUUUAAGAGUAUUUGGCUACUGCUAUACAGCAGAACCACCCCGUUUAAUGACUAAUCGCUUAACGACGGGCCUCCAUAGAGCCCAAUGUGUAAUGUAUAGUAGUGUAGUGUGUAGUAGUGUAGUGUGUAGUAGUGGUGUGUAGUAGUGUGGUGUGUAGUAGUGUAGUGUGUAGUAGUGUAGUGUAUAGUCGAGAGUAGAACCCCUCUUAAUGACCAUCCCUGAAAACGACUAAUCGCUUAAUCACGGGCCUCCAUCCAGCCCAAUGUAUUCGCUUACCCACCAUACAGUAAUGAUGCAUUAACUCAUUGAUUUAACCAUGCUACUUGUUCAUAUUAUGUGUUUAUAACGUUGUUAUCAUCUUGGUGUAUUAAUAGCCAUUGUUUAAAUAUAAUGAAGUACCUUUUUUGUGGCGGAAAAGGGAUAACCUUCGAUACUAUCGGGACGAAAUAAGCCUUGAACGUGCAUUUUCUAUUACUCACUUAACGACCGGUUUCGUAGAACUAAUUACCGUCGUUCAGAGGGGUUCUAUAAAUGUCCACGUGAUGAUGAUAUCAGUCACUCGUGUUGAGUUGCUAUCAUUUGUGAUGGCCAGGUCGCUUAUGAUAAAGAGCCAGAGAGCAUAUUCUUGGUUCUUUCGGUAAUGUCACGUAGAAGGAAAAUAAUUAGUAUUAUUUUAUUCUUUCCCUUCUACGUGACUUUACCGAAAGAACCAAGAAUAUGAAUCCCUGCAGUCACGAAAGCUUUAAAUCGAAAAAGCUAGAGAGCAGUUCAGUGGGGCCUGAUCUGGUAAAAUGAAAAAUGGUUUAGUUUUAGUAUGGGUCUCAAUGACUAUGGGUCUCUUUGGGUCUCUUUGAGUCUGGGUCUCUGUGGGUCUCUAUGAGUCUGGGUCUCUGUGGUUCUCUAUGAG